AUGGCGAACCUAGAACUACUAUCAGCAGCCAUAGUAGGCAUCCUAACAUCCCUCCUCCUCUACCAAAUAACCCUCACAAUCCAACGCCUCUACUUCCACCCCCUCUCCCAAUUCCCGGGUCCCAAACUCGCCGCAGCAACCUACUGGCCCGAAAUCUACCACGACAUCUUCCACGGAGAAGGCGGCCAACUGCCCUUCGCCCACCGAAAAUGGCACGAACAAUACGGUCCCAUAAUCCGCAUCAACCCCAAUGAACUCCACAUCAAAGACUCCUCCUUUUACGAAACCCUCUACGCUCCCUCCCGUCCCGUCCGAAAAUUGGCGAAUUGGGCCAAAAGAUUCCGCGCUGAUGAUUCUGUUAUUGGAACGAAUGAUGUAGCUCUAUAUCGCUCGCGGAGAAAUGCUUUGAAUCCUUUCUUCGCGAAACGCAGAAUUGCKGAUGUGGGACCCAAAGUGCAGAAAAUGUGUCAUAGACUUUUGGCAAGGUUGCAGAAAGAAUAUGUUCAUUCCCGGAGGGGCAAGAUUUUGAAUCUGGGCCAUAUGUGGGAAUGUUUGGCAACGGAUAUUGUUAUGACGACGACGUUUGGGGUGGAUCCGAAAACGAUUGAGAGUCCUGAGUUUACGUCGCCGAAUAAUCGCGCGACGGAGAGGAUGUUGGAGACUUCCAAGGUUUUUUUACAUUUUGGGAUUUUGCCUACUUUGGUGUUUUCUCUGCCGGAGAUUGUGGUGGCGAGUGUUAUGCCUUCGAUUAAGCCGAUUUUGGACUCUCGGAAAAUUAUGGAGCGAGCGACGAUGGAAGUGCAAGCUGCGCAUGCGAAUGGCAAGGUUGAUAAUCAUACGUUGAUUGGAUCUAUGCUUCAGCAGAACUUGCCCAAGCAAGAGGCCACGGUGGAUAGACUGACUCAAGAGGCGUCUGCGGCGGUGGGUGCGGGCGGAGAGACGGUGGCUCGGACGUUGAUGCUGGCUUGCUAUCACAUUUUUGAUCAGCCUGCUGUGCGAGAUCGGUUGGUAGAAGAACUUGUCGCUGCCAUUCCCAAUCCCGCUGAGAUGCCUGAUUGGUAUGCUCUCUCUACGUUGCCGUAUUUGUCGGCUUGUAUUGAAGAAGCUAUUCGGCUCGCUUAUGGGGUUGCCGAGGUGAGAAGUAGAGCGUAUGAUGGCGGUGACUUGAUGUACGGGGAGUGGAGGAUCCCGGCCGGAAGCCUGGUGGGAAUGUCAAACUACGACGUCUCCCAUGACGAGGCCAUCUUCCCGGACUCCUUUUCAUUCAUACCUGAGCGGUGGCUUGGAGAUCCUCGCGCUCCAGACGGCAAGGCCUUGUCACGAUACAAUGUCUCGUUUGGGAAGGGCAUGAGAAGUUGCGUCGGAAUGCAACUGGYAUAUCUCGAGCUCUUUGUUGCAAUGGCGACAUUCUUUCGCAGUCCAUUGGCUUUGCAGGCCCGAUUGUACCAUACGGAUCGAAAAGAUGUUGAGAUGGCGAGGGAUGUGUUCGUCCCAAGAGCGACCAAGACGACCAAGGGCGUCAGAGUCGUGUUCGGGAGUAAGGCAGGCGAUGAAUAG